UUCUAUAUGAGGUGGAGAGUUGCACUAUCCUGAUACAGUUACCAACAUGAUUGUUACAAGUUCAUCUUCAUCCCUAAUUCUUGACUGCUUAAAAUCCUCUUUUGGAGAAGAUUUUUGAAGGGAUAAAGGGUAGAGAUUAGAGAGAGUGAUGGAGAGGAACACCAGUGUGGUUUUCAGAUCAGUUUUGUUGGUGGGGUUUUGCUGGUUUUUGUUGUUUGCAGUAUCUACAACCAUACAGGCAACACUUGCAGUUCCUUCUACUGCAAGUUUCGGAGGUUUUAAGUCGAGAGGAGCAAAGAGGCAAGAGGGUUCGGUUUUCAGUUACGUGAGCAAGAGAAGAGUGCCAAAUGGACCUGAUCCUAUCCAUAACAGGAGAACUAGAAAUACCAGACAACCUCCUGACCGAGCAUGAGAAAGCAAAGAAUUGGCUUUGAAGAGUUAUGUAUAUCUGAAAUUAGAAGAAAGAAAGGGAGAUUCACAAGAUCUGCAUGCGGGUUUCCUUUCGAUUCUUUGAGAUACGCAGUUAUAUUGCUUGUUUUGUUGUGUAGAAGUACAUGGAGAAAGAAAAGGGUGAAGCUUUUUGAAGGUAUUUUGAUGGGUGUUUUUUUGCAGUUGUUCAAUCUUUGAAUUCAAAGAUUCAUGGAUUGGGAUGUUUGGUAGCUUUUGCAUGAAAUUAGAAGGAAUCAAAUCCAAAUGUAUUAUUAUCAUGAGAGGGAUUGGAACGGAAGCCAAGAAAACAUAUCUUUAGUGUCCCUUUUCCAUACAAUUUUUU